AUGACGACGCCGGCGCCGUUCACGAACCCGGUCACCGCGCCGAUCACCAACCCGGCAACGACGCCAACUGCAGUGCCCGGCACGUCGCCAGUCACCAACCCCGCGACAUACCCGUACCCACCGCAGGGUGGCGGCGUCGGCGUGCCGACUACGCCGGUGUUCCCCGCGCCGGCGACAACGGUGCCCAUCGGGGCGACGCCUAUUUUCCCUGCUCCCGCAACCACGGUGCCCACCGGCGCGGCGCCCACCACGAUGACGGGAGCGGGGACGUGGUGUGUGCCGAAGACGGGGGUGAUGGAGGCGGCGCUGCAGGCCGGGAUGGACUACGCGUGCGGCAUGGGCGGCGCCGACUGCUCGGCACUGCAGCCCAUGGGAAGCUGCUACAACCCAAACACGAUGCAGGCCCACGCCUCCUACGCGUUCAACAGCUACUUCCAGCGGAACACCUCGCCGACAAGCUGCGACUUCGGCGGCGCCGGCAUGCUCGUCGACACCAACCCAAGUUCAGGAGCUUGCAUGUACCAGACAUCAUCAGGUUCAGGCAGCACCGGUACUCCGGCAGUAACAGGCACACCAGGCUUCGGGUCGGCGGGCAUGACUCCGGGCUACAGCACCGAUCCAACGACAGGGACGGGACCGGCGGUCGGUGGAGGGUCGGGCUCGACGGUGCUGAACGCGAACAAUAACCCCGGUGGGACCUCGAUGUACGGCCCAGACAACCUCGAUGAAACAGAAGCCGAAGAGCAGUUGUUCUAUUGGACAGAUGAGAAUAUCAGAUACAGUUGA